AUGGAAGCCGAGUUUCAGGAUAUCGAUGAAAACGGGAGUUGGGCUGAAAUCUAUCAGGAUAUUCGACAGCAGUCAUGUGACCUGCCGUGCAAAGUUGCCAAGCUACCAGAGAACAAGACUCGGAACCGCUACAGAGACGUCAGCCCUUUUGACCACAGCAGAAUACACCUGCAGCUCGGUGCUAAUGACUACAUCAAUGCAAGUUUAAUAACUGUGGAGGAAGCUCAGAGGAAGUACAUCCUCACUCAGGGACCCCUUCAAACAACAUGUGGCCAUUUCUGGGAAAUGAUUUGGGAACAAAGGUCGCGAGGUGUGCUGAUGCUCAACAGAGUAAUUGAAAAGGGCUCGAUCAAAUGUGCGCAGUACUGGCCACACAGAGAAGAAAAAGAUGCAGUUUUUGACACCAACUUCAAAGUCACGUUUGUUUCAGAAGACGUGAAAUCCUACUACACAGUUCGCCAACUGGAGCUGGAAAAUCUUGGUACUGGGGAGACUCGUGAGAUUCUACAUUUUCACUACACUACCUGGCCAGAUUUUGGAGUCCCAGAGUCUCCAGCUUCCUUCCUUAACUUCCUGUAUAAAGUUCGUGAGUCUGGCUGUUUGAACUCUGACCAGGGUCCGGUGGUAGUGCACUGCAGCGCUGGCAUCGGCCGCUCAGGGACCUUCUGUUUAGUGGACACCUGCCUGCUACUGAUGUCCAUGCGGCGGGAUCCUUCGUCGGUUCGUAUUCAGGAUGUUUUGCUGGAGAUGCGGCGUCACCGAAUGGGCCUCAUCCAGACGGCCGACCAGCUCCGCUUCUCUUACCUCGCCGUCAUCGAAGGUGCUAAGUACAUCGACGGAGACAAAACUCUGCAGGAUUCAUGGAAAGAGAUUUCACAUGAAGAGGAUGAGCCUCCAGAGUUCACUCCGCCGCUGCCUCCACCCAGAGACACAAAAACAGAGAUGCAAUUUUUCCACCAAAAGGAUGAGGUCACACAGCAGAUGAUCCACUGCCUGGGGUCCUCGCAAGAGCCACAGUUGCGACAGAGAAUUAUUCCUGACCGCACUGAUGUGGAUGACCAUGUUGGAAUUCAAGACUCUACCUCUGAAAACUCUGCUCCAUCACAGCAGCACCAGCAGCAGCAGCAGGAGGAGGAGGAAGAAGAAGAAGAAGAGGAGGAGCAGGAUGAGACAGAGAAAGCCCGAUGUCCCGAACAGGAGAGGCCUAAAUGUGAGGACUUUGCCGAACCGGGAACGUGGUCGCCAUUUUUAACCAAUGUGUGCCUGUACACCGCUGUGGCCCUCAGCGCGUACGCCUGCUACAGAGCCUAUUUCCACUGA